UACCCCUUUAUUCUUCGCCAAAACUCCUACAAUCUACAUAUAAGAAUUGCAAUCUCAAAAGUGAUUUUACCGCCCCCACGCACACAGUAAAAGCAUAAUCGAGCAGCAAUGGCGGAGAAGCCCCAACCAGUUCAGGUGCUCUACUGCGGCGUAUGCGGGUUGCCCGCUGAGUUCUGCGAAUUCGGACCCGAUUUCGAGAAAUGCAAGCCCUGGUUGAUCCAGAACGCGCCCCAACUCUAUCCGGAUCUCGUCAAAGAUGCUGAUGCGAAGGACGGAUUAUCUGAUCAGCUUCAGUCGACUUCAAUUUCCGAUGCAGGUUCUUCAAAACCUAAGGAAGAAGUCAAACGUCUCCCUGGUGGGAAGAUUAAAAAGAAGGAGAAACAAGAAGUUAUUAUUGAAAAGAUGACUCGUAACAAGCGGAAAUGUAUAACUACAGUAAAAGGCCUAGAGCUUUUUGGUGUUAAACUAAAUGAUGCAUCAAAGAAGCUUGGCAAAAAAUUUGCUACUGGAGCUUCUGUAGUUAAGGGCCCUACUGAAAAGGAGCAAAUUGACGUUCAAGGAGAUAUAGCCUACGACAUAGUGGAAUUCAUAACAGACACCUGGCCGGAUGUCCCAGAGACUGCAAUUUUCUUUAUUGAGGAUGGGAAAAAGGUUCCUGCUGCGUAGAUGUGGAAUGGCUAAAGGAAGGAGAUGAAUGGCUUCUCUUUAAAAUUAUUGAAGAGAUGUGGCAAACUGUAAUUCUGGCACUGUGUAUUAGUGAAAUAAGUAGUUGGUUUUGUAGUUGAGGAUUUGCAUUGGACAAUUUUCCUUGCUUUGUAUAGACUAUAGAGGUAGAAGAAACUUUGAACCUAUGCGUUUUUAUUAUACGUACACUUAUGGAUAAUGUAUGUCCAAUCGUACUUGAUUAUUUAAGAUAACUCUCAUAUGCAGUA